AUGGGUAUGUCUCUAUUCUCUUUACUCAUUUAUAUUUGUUAUGAAAAACUUGAACUUGAAGUGGGUGUACCACUUUCUGUAUUGGGUUCGGUUAGUGUGGCUUUGGGUCUUCUUUUAGCCUUCAGAGUGAAUACUGCUUAUGAACGAUACAACAAUGGAAGAUGUUUAAUUCAAACCGUUACUGCUACCAUUCGUAAUCUCUCUCGUCAAAUUUGGAUCAACGUACCUGAAAAUUCUCAAGAAGAUCAUAUUCAAAAAAUGCGUUGUAUCAAGUUAUUAUUGGCUUUCUUUGUUGCUACUAAACAUCAUUUACGACAUGAAUAUGGAACGGAUUAUUAUGACUUGCAGGAACUCUUACCCCGAGAUUGGGUACCAGCUAGUGUCACUUAUGGUGCUAAACCGGCCGUUACUAGAAAAGGAACUCAUUCUAUCUCGAAACUGAAUAUCAGACAAACUGCUCAUAAUAUUGCUCAUGGUAUGAAAUCUGCACCUUUGGUGGUCUCUCUUCAUGAUACAAUCAAGCCUCUUAGUCGUACAGGUUCAUUGAAUCCUGAUCAUCCCAACGAUGUUCAUAAUAUGCGUCGUUCCUUGAUCAAACAAUUCUUCCCAGACACUGAUAUUGCUGAUAGUUCUGCUGCCUCCAUUCAAAAAAGUGCAGUGAAAAUGGCUCAUGAUGAAGAUCGACAACAACGACGUAAAAAACAAAAAUCAUCUGAAACGCAACCUUUAUUACCAACCUCUGUCAACACAUAUGCAUCAUCUAACUCAUCAUCAUCGUCAUUAUCAUCGCCUCCUCCUGAACAUGGUGAUCGAUCUCCAUUUACUUCUGAAGAAGAUCUUCAAGACAAUGGUGAUGGUGAUAUCUCGUUACCUUUGGAAAUCUUAUACCGUAUUGCUCUUUAUAUCAAUGCUGCCAAGGCCGCUGGCAAGAUUGAAUCCAAUUUUGUUUCUGUUACUACCAGUUCCUUGGAUACCCUCGUGAAUACCUUGACUGCAUUUGAACGCAUUGUACAUACACCUAUUCCCAAGGCUUAUAAUAUCCAUUUAAAACAAGGUGUAGUACUUUAUAUCUUCUUUUUACCCUUUUCUUUGGUUGAAUCUCUUGGAUUAUUGGUAAUUCCUAUUGUUUCUCUAGUCACUUUUACAUUAUUUGGUAUCCUCGCUAUUGGUGAAGAAAUCGAAAAUCCUUUUGGUUAUGAUUACAAUGAUUUACCUUUGAAUAGAUAUUGUGAUGAUUUGAAACGUGAAGUAGAAUAUAUUAUUUAUCAUGUACCAUCCCAAUCAAAUUCUAUUUUACUUGAUGGCCAAUAA